UUCAGCGUACAGCUUCAAACCAUUUCUUUUUUUAUAAAACUUUACUGAACAAAACGUGGUUGAUAUGUCGGACAUUACUUGAAAGCACCAUGUGACGUUUACGGAGAAAACGAAACCUAAACUGACAUGGAAAGGAAAAACGGAAACCAUGUUUUAUUUUGAGAUUUGUACUUUGUUCUCUAUUUUUAUGAAUUUUGUGUAAAUAUUCCGACUCCCGACAAACUUAGGAUGGAAAACUACAUAGCUAAGUUAAACGAGUAUGCACAGAAACAGCGGCUGGCGCUCCAGUUUGUGGAGGUUGGAGCUGCUGGCCCUGACCACAUUAAAACAUUUACUAUCAGAGUUGUUCUGAAUGGUAAAGCCUAUCCUGACGCUGUUGGAAAGAACAAGAAGGAAGCCAAGCAGAACGCUGCUAAAAAUGCCUUGGCGGGCUUGUUGGAGGAAUCAGCUGAUACUACAGAAAAUGCUGCAGAAGUUUCUAAUGCAUCAGUUCAUCAGAGAAGUGGCAGUAACAUCAAGUACACCUGCUGGCUUAAUGAGUAUGGUCAAAGGAACAGGGUGAUUGUAAGGCCCGUGGAGGCUGCCAGACCUGGACCAAAUAAUGAAAAUCAAUGGUGUAACUUUUUUGUUGGUGACAAGGAGUACCCUGCAGCUUCCGGGAAAACAAGAAGGGAAGCCAAGGAGGAAGCAGCCAAGCUUGUAUAUCACGAUAUAUGUGGCACUUUAGAGACUGGAGAUGAGAAAGACAUUUUCACAUCAAGUCAGCAAAAGGAGGAAACAAAACAAAAUGUUGCAGAUGUCUGCCUUCAGAUAAAGAGUUUGGCUGUGAAACCUGAAGAUAAAAGGUUUACAGAGGUAAAUUUCAUAGGUCUUGUCAACCACUACUGUCAGAAAACAUCCCGCUCCCACACGUUUAUUGAAGAGGUUAUAUGUGGACCGCCUCAUAAUCGACAAUUUUCCUACAAAUUAGUCAUAGAUGGCAAGGAAUACCCUGUUGGUGAGGGUAACAGCAUCAAGGAAGCCAAACAAAAUGCAGCUCGAUUAGCCUGGUCUGCUCUUCAGGAACAGUCAGACUGGGACAGCAAGAUAACUAUCAAGUCAGCUGUGUCAGAUGAUAGAGCACCGUCCAAGCUGUCCACACCACCAAGCACACU